UCCGUUUUUCAUUCCUGAAAUUCCUUGACAAAGGUUAGCCCAAACAAGAGGGUUUCGGAACAGAAAAUCUGUAGACAAAAGCCACAAUACCGACCUAUUCAGCCGGGGACACGCGAGAUAAUAUUAUCGGAACGUCGACUUUCAUUUUCGUGCUACAGUGAGUUCGGAACGCUUAUAAAUAUCCAAAAUACCGGUUCGGCGAGGGAAAACCCAGGCGUUCAUAUACAUCAUGUCGCGUCACACCGAAACCGAGUACACGAUCUUCGAAGACCACUGCAGCUCGAGCUCCUACAAGAUGAGCGCCCUGUCCAGACGGUCCUUCAAGGUCAUCCUUUUGGGGGACUCCGGUGUCGGGAAGUCGUCUCUGUUCGCCAGGUUUAGCGGCGACAGUUUUACGGAGGCCACCUUCGCGACAUUACAGGUGGGCAGCUGCCGGCGGACAUUCAGGUUCGGAGACAGAGAAGUUACGCUAGAAUUGUGGGAUACGGCCGGCACAGAACGCAUGUUGUCCCUAACAGAGAACUACUACCACCACGCCUCCGCCGCCCUCUUUCUCUACGACGUGAACGACCAGGCCACCUUCCUCGGCGUCCAGUCCACCUGGGUCCCGUCCAUCCGACGCCGCGACCCCACCAUGACAACUUUCCUCGUGGGCAACAAGACGGACAUUGCUUCUACUUCUAAAUACGCCUUCGAAAACGUUACCCUAGACGAAGCGAGAAGAUACGAAAGUUCUAUAAUUGAUCUGAAAGUUGCUGGGAAUUUCCAAGUUUCAGUCAAAACUGAAGAGGGGGUGCACGAAUUGUUUGAGACUGUAGCAGAAGCCCUGUGCGGUGAUGUGAAGACAGAGGAGAAGAAACCAGACGAAGUCAUCACGCUGAAACCAAAGAACAAACAGAGAGUGUGGGACAAGUGCAAAUGUUGACUUAAAAGUUUAUUUGUAUUGGUAGAAGCCAUUCUGGAUAUAUAAAUCGAACUGUAAUUUUCCAUAAGAAAUUGAACUUGCUCCAAAUUUUCUAACUGACCAACUCCAGCCUUUGUCAUAUUAGCAAUCCGCUGUGAUGCAGAAAAACAGGUGACUCGGUAAGCGGUGGAUCAUAAGUUUUAGAAAGUCUAUGUUGAGGGACAAAGUCCGGAUAUAGAAGUCCUUUUUUCAUUCCUUUUUCCAAAGAAGUCUUGAAAAGUGCAAAUGUUGACCGGUCGACUCAAUUUCAUGAUCUUUUUUUGUGAACAUUUUCAAUGACACGCUUGACAACAGAGAGUGAUUGAGUCAGAAAAAUUGCUUUCGAAAUCUUCAAACGUUUUUGCACUUAUAAGACAUUGUUCCAGAAAGACGAUUGAGACUAAACAACAACAAAAAAACAAACAAACUAGUUGGGUUGUUAUUUGGCGGUUUUUGAAGCAGAGGCUUGUGGCAGGGCGCCAUGACAAAAUUCAAACAUUACUUCAUCUGUGGAAUCUGCCAAAGGCUGUAGACCUAGACUAAGGUUGUGACGCUGAAUACUAAUGCUUGGCCUUCAUACGAAGUCGCCUGAAGGUUUCGCUUAUCUAUUAUGUACAAUCUAAUUGUCUUCUGAUUUGAAAUCGGUUCCCGUAUUUCUCAGUGUACACCACAACUCACGUAAAUCACUCGUAAAGCUGAAAGCACACCGUUGUAAAUAUGUAUUUGAUACUAAAUUGCUCUUGUAAAAUGUAACCAUGGGCCAAAGGUCCAUCUGAAUUACGUUUUAAAGUAAUAAACCACGUUGACGUUAUGUUUUGUUGGCAAGAUUGCUGUAAGAAUAAGUUCAAUCUAUCUUUAUAUAUGCAUAUUUCAGUCGUGAUAUGAAAUGUUGGUUCUUUCUGUAUGUACAAAUAAAGACAACAUUAUUGUUUUCUAGCUAAAGGCAACCAGAAUACAGCUGAUGCCCUGACUAAACAGUGAAAACAAAAGUAAAAGUAGCACGUGGGCGGUGGGUGGGGUUACCCGAAGUUGUUCAAUCACCAUGCACAGGUGUAAGAUCGAUAUCUAAUGCUACAUCAAACUGUGCCUAGGCUAAAGUCUCCUCCCAAAGAACGCAAACCU